UCCUCUUCACGGUCGCACCUCGAAGAGUUAACACUGAUUGAACACACAGCUCUUCAGCUAAUGUAUCAACAAUGAUCCUUUCCACCUCCAUCACAGUGGUCCUCGCUCUCCUCUCCACUGGGUCAUUUGUCGGCUCUAAUGUGUUCCAUCACACAAGUCGCAGAGCCGGCACUUGCAGCUGCGAUUGCUCCUGCGGCUCUGGCUCUGGCGAUUCUAGAGCCUCUGGAGGCUGAGGCGGGAACGAUGGCUCUGGCUCAUCCGGUAGCUUUGGCGGCUCUAGUGACGCGAGUGGUAGGUGCUAGCGGCCAGCCGUGUAUUCUCAGCGGCUGUAACAGACAGCAAGUCUGCGCGACUCUUGCUGGAUUUGGGCUCGUCAAGGUCAAUGCCGACUGCAACUUUGUUGACGUCAGCCCUACCAUCAGCAUUCUGUUCCAUCACCCCGUGCCGACAUCCCACCACAACAUUGCCGUUCGCUACAUUGAGAACAAGCUGUCUACCGCGCGGCGACCCCACAGUGCGAGAGUGACGGCGGGCAACUUUAUUUUGACACUUAACAGGACGCUCAAGCUGUUUGUGGGCUUCUUCCCUAUGACCGUACAGCCGAUGCUGUCUGCGCACAGAUUUCAAAAUUCGGUCUUGACAUCCUGAACUUGUUUGGUUGCAAACACUACCACCAUCUUUGAUGCUCGCGGUUCACUAAGCAAGCGCUACCCUCAAAGCAGC